ACAUAAAACAAUUCAUUUAUGAAUUUAUUUUUUCAAAAUCAUUUUCAAUGUAGUAUUAGCAGUUUUCUAGUCUUGUAGCAAAGUAUAAUAUAUUUUGAAACAAUGAUUUUGUACUUUUUGUUUUUUUAUUUACUCGGUGAGUCUGUGGCUUCAAGUUGUUCAAACCAAUCAACAAGUUCUAAUUUUUCUAAUAAAGUAAUGUGCUAUUUCAAAGGCCAUAUGGAUGAAAUUGAUAUUACUUUAAUUGAUUUAGAUCCCAAAAAAUUACCAAGUGAAUGUGAGGUAAUAAUUUAUUCUCGAUUUAAAAUCAACGAAUUGUCAAUAAUAGAUGUAGAUGAAGAACUCCUCAAAAAUGUGACAGAUACAAAUAAACCCGUAAUCGUGAGACUUUUUCGAACAAAUUUCUAUGAUGAUUGGUCUAAAGUAUUGAGUUCUAACGGUAAUUCUAAAGAAGCCAAGAUCUUAUGUGAUUUUGCAAAAAAAAAUAAAAUUAAAGGUUAUCUCAUAAAAUCCAUUGCUCCACAUGAAACUACAGGUUAUUUCGCAUUUAAUGAAAACAUUGGAAAAUAUAUUAUACCUUACAUAAAGCAAUUAAAAGAAUGCAAUCUAAUUAUUGGUGUUACUAUAAAUACAGCUCCAUCAUUAAUACAAAACCUUUGCGUCUAUAAUUAUGACGAAUUGAAUGGAAUAGUUGAUUUCUAUGAGGUAGAUACUUAUUUUAUGAAUAAAUGCAAUCCAAAUUUGUAUAAUGGAAGGACUCCAAUUACAAAAAGUGAGCACGGUCCUAACUAUUUAUAUGGAAUGGAGGAGGUGGCAUCAUAUAUAAAGAAAUCGAAAAUAUCUCAAGAUAAACUAGCUUUUGCUGUCGAAUUGUAUCCAGCUAACAACAAUUCAACAUAUUUUUCUUCAUAUACACAAGUGUGUACAGGACAAUUUGAUAAUUCAUCUUGGUGUGUACAAACAUCUAGAAAUCUUUACGAUAAGGGAAAAUUUGUACGUAAACUAAACGGUGGUAUUCUUAUCGAGUAUCUGGAGUUUGAUGACAUUAACAACGACUGCGGUUGUAAUUCAACGUUUAAUGGAUUUAAAAACAUAAUUGGUGGCUUCAAAAGUGGUCAACUAUCACCAUGUCAGAAUUUUGACGUUCAAUCAACUUCAUAUACACUUAAAUAACCAGCUGUUAACUCAUUAACUGUUAGAGUAAUAUAAAAGUUUAUUCAAAUUUUAAAUCGUUUUUAUCGUGUUUCUAAUUUUCUCUACACCAAAAUUCAAUUUUUUUUUAAUCUCAUAGACACACGGAAAAAAAAAAUUUGGUUAUAGUAAAUAGUUAGAUAGUUUCUAGUUGGUGUAAUAAAUAAUUUAGUUGUGUCAAACAAUAUGUUUAGUUAAAAAUACUAAAAUGAAUUAGUUGAACAAUUAUAGUCAAACCAACUUGCUUUAUAGUUAUUGCAACUAUAUAAACUAGUAAUUCAAAUAUAACCAUAUGAAAUGGUUGGUGUACAAAUAUUAAACAGUUAUAGUAACCAUAACCAUGGCGUAACUUUCUAGAGUACUCGCUAUUUAAUCGAAUUCCAUGUUUUUACAAUCUUCCCAAUAAUCGUGAUUUUUGAUUUUGUAUAAACAUAUACAUGACGUAUUUAAAGAAGUUCCAGGACUUGCUACAUUAUUACAACUUAUAAGCAUUAUUAUAAGUUUACAAUAUUGUUAUCGUCAUUCGUUUGUGACCUGUGUUUGCGUCUGCAUCUGCUUUUGCGAUCAGAUGUGUAAAAUAUGUAUGAUUUGUAUUUUUAUUAUUUUUUUUGAAUAUUUUAUUAUUAAUACAUUUGAUACUAAA